AUGCUCACCGAGAACGCCAGGACCGGGCAGCUAAAUGGCACCUGGGCCAGCUCAGUGGACAUGGAGCUCUUCCUCCAUUACUCCCUCAUCCCAUCAUUUUUCAUCAUUUUGGUCUUGACCUUCCUCCAAAGACAAGAGCAUCGUAGACAGAGAGAUGAUACCACUUACCUCCUGGGGAACCACUUCGGAAUCAUCAUGCCUCUGGACUUCGUGGGCACUUUUAGUAACCGAUGGUCCUACGGAAUCGCCUUUGGGGCCACAGCCAACAAGAUCAUGUUCUUGUUCUCGGAAAACUACCAGUCCCUGCGGGUCCCGCAGUGGGCCCAAGCCUUCAUGCUUCUGAUCGGCGGCAUCGAAGUCGGCCUGUCCCACUUCCCCUUCUUUGCCUGCCUCUCAUCGGAGUUCCAGCUGGUCAGCUCUGUCCUCGGCUUCAGCUACUCUCUGAUCUGGUUUGUUGUCACUGUUCUUCAGAUCGCAUGGUGUCCCCAUGGGCAGUUUCUGGGGAGAUACGAGAGCCUCGUGUUCUACUGGCCCUCCUUGCUGUGCCUCAUGUUCCUGCUGGGCCGCUUCCUGCACAUGUUUGUCAAGGCUCUGAGAGUCCACUUGGGCUGGGAGCUCCAGGCGCCUGGGAGAGAGAAAAAGAAGUCUUGGCUCCAAACCAGGAUAUAUGAGUGGGACCCCUGCUUUCAAUUCCCAAGCAGAAUGAUUGGGACCGUCGUGUUGGCUUUCAUCUGCCUGUACCUCUUCAUUGUCCUUGAGUUCUGCAUGUUCGUGUACGUGAGGGACAAGCUGGACGUGUUUGAAGGCAAGCUGGAGAGUUACAUUGACUCCAAGAACCAGACAGGGACCUUGACCCCAGUCAUCCUGCAGGUGAAAGAGCUAAUCAGCGUCGCCAAAGGAGCCUGGAUGGUGACCAUUUUGCCUGCUUCCCUCACGUGUGUGAGCUAUCUGUUCCACAUUUUGGCCUGUUACAGGAAGCACAUGAAGAGGCUGUGGGCAGGUGAUAAACACUUUCUCCCUUUGAAGUUCCAUCAUCCUUCCUCGUCGGAGAGUGUGGCGGCCAUUGCAAGGUACUCUGGCUGGCAAAUAGCCUAUAUCCUGUGGGGCUACCUCAUCAUCCACGUGAUGCAGAGCCUGUGUGGCAUGGCCAUCAUGUACAGCUUGGUGCUGCCAAUCCUCCACAACCAGGGCCUGAAGAUGCUCCAAGGUCUGGGCAUUAGCAUCCUCACCUUAUCCGUCAUCGUGGGGCUCAUGAUCCUGCAGGUGUGGAUUGCUGCCAGCUUCUUCCUGCAGCCAAAGCUGGGCACAGAUGACAAGCAGAAGCCCUUGGCUCUCAACAACAGGAAAGCGUUCCACAACUUCAACUACUUUCUGUUCUUCUACAACGUGCUGCUGGGCCUGGGCGCCUGCCUCUCCAGGCUGCUCAUUAGCUGCAUCCUGGGCACGUGGCUGAUUGCACGCAUCGACAGGACCAUCAUGCAGAGUGGCUAUGAGGGAGCUGACAUGGGGUUCGGCGCAUGGAUCGGCAUGCUUUAUGUGGACCAUUAUCACACCAACCCCGUGCUUGUCAGCUUCUGUCACAUCCUGAUCUCAGGCCACCGUGAGAGGAGGCUGCAGCAGGCCAGCAAAUACUGGUGCCCAAAUCAACCAGGAGGUCCCCGCGUCUCAGCUAGGUCCAAGACGAGGUGGCUCUUGCUGCAGACCCUGAACAACAACCCCAGACUCAUCCUGCUCAGAAAAUCGAAAUUGGCGCAUGGCUCCUGGGACUUUACCCAGAUUCUGCUGACGUGCUCAGAGAGCUGA